GUGCCUCACUCCGCCCAGCGCACCACACUCUUCCAGAGGAAGACUCCCCAGCCUGUAGCCGCGGGAUAGAAGAGGAAAAGCAGCCGCUCUCUCCCAAAUCGGCCAAAUCGGUGCCCUCCCCGACCUUCCCCGCAGGGUGUCCGGAUUACAGUUCCAGUGGACGCCUGAUCCCUGGUUGUACUUGUCUGGAAAGCAAGACCCUCAGCUCAGAUAAAACGACCUGCUAUUUCUGCCAGCACUUCUGGGGAAAAAAUGAAAAAUUAUAGAAUCUGUCCAAUUUAACCCCUGUCUGAUUGUAACUUCGAUCUCCAGUACACUCAUUCUGUCUCUCACACCACAAAGAUGUCAGACCCUGACCCUUCAUCUGGAUUUGUGGGCAACGUGGAGAAUGGAACUUUCCUGGAGCUCUUUCCCACCUCCCUUUCCACCUCUGUGGAUUCAUCUUCUGGCCAUUUGUCCAAUGUCUACAUCUAUGUUUCAAUAUUUCUCAGCCUUUUAGCAUUUCUGCUCUUGCUCUUGAUCAUUGCUCUGCAGAGGCUUAAAAACAUCAUCUCAUCCAGUUCGUCUUACCCUGAGUACCCUAGCGAUGCUGGGAGUUCAUUCACUAACUUGGAAGUCUGUAGCAUCUCCUCUCAGAGGUCUACUUUCUCCAACCUUUCCUCCUGAAGCAAAAUGAAAGAGAACACUUUGGUGCUGGAGGGGGUUAGUUGCAUGCUAUGGUGACUCUUUCAGGCAAUCCUGGGAGAGGAGACUCUUUGAGCUCUUAGACUACCCCUCAUCCCUUAGUCUCAAUUUCCCUUUUAAUUAGCAGUGCUUUUCAUCUCUGAACAUAAUGCUAACACAAACACGCUUUAAGCAUCUAGAAGUGAUACAGGGUUUCACACCCCAAAGCUGCCUGGCAGACCUAGAUCUGCCUCUUAGUAGAGGGAUCCAUUAAUUCCAUGGCAUCGGACUCUCAUAUGCUCACCUGAAAUUCACCUCACCUGUGUGACAUUGGACUGUGUGCUUCUGGACUUCAUCUUUUCUGAAAAACCAUUUGACCAAGGGAGCCAACCAAACUUCCAGUGAAAUUUGUGCUUUUUUGCUAUUUAGAAUUACUCUCUUUUUCCUCCAAUAUUUGAAAGAACAUUUUCCAUGAACCAAAUAAUUUUUAAAAGCAAUUUCAGUUUGAAUGUCCCUUGUGAAAUUUCUAAAAUUUUGAAGAAAGGCU